AUGUCGGCAAAAAAUACAGACCAGCCUGCCAAGACUGAAGAUGCUUCUGGUGAUGAGAAUGAUUCAGAUAGAGGCCGGAAAGUGCGUCCAAAGACUGCUCUAGAUACUCAAAAGGCUCAGGUGGAGAAACUGAUGAAGCGGAUUGACAAGGAAAUUAUACUACCAACCCGUCCAUCUGAUACACCCAGAGGUCCAAGAAAAGAAGGUGCUCAUGUGGUUCGCAAUAUCCAAGGUUCCAGUGCUGGCGCUGGAAGUGGCGAGUUCCAUGUGUAUCGUGCAUUAAGAAGAAAGGAAUAUACUCGGCUCAAGGCUUUGGACGAUGCUGCACAAAAAGAAGAGGAUCGGAUUGAAUAUGAAAGUCGACAGCAGACACUGAAGGCCAAAGAGAUGGAAAAGACGAACAAGAAUCGGGAGAAAAGACUAAAACGAAAAAGGAAUAAUGAAAAGACAAAACCUAUUAUGGUGGGUCCAGCGCUAUCUUCAGUGGAGCCUGAAAGACAAGCAGACCAACAAACUAUCUAA